AUGGGAGUGAAGAGGCAUGAGAAUAUGGAUGAGACUGUGAUGAUGAUUUUCAAGGCCUGGGCGGCCGCCGGAGGCUCGCUGAUGGCGGUGAUCAAUGACGUGUCGUCGACUCACCUCGACUCACUCGUCGCGUUGAGCUUCAAGCACUACCCAUCCCCAAAAGCUCAACCAGUAGUGGUGGCGAUGGUCGCAACGUCAGAAUCCCGCAGAACGAGAAAGCAAGGAGACUCGCGCGCACGGCGGCGCGCUCGAUCGUCGAGGUUCGAGGUUCGGUGGACACCUGGGCAUGAUCGGGGCGAGGUAUGGCAUGGUAAGGUACGUAGCUGCCGCGCUAGAGUGGAGACAAGCGCACAGGCCAAGGCGGGCCAGGCAUCGUCUGACCAAGUCGAGCGUCCGGCGGCCGUCUCGCUGUUGGCAACACCGUCGAAUGCGUUUCUCACUCGUUUGUGA